AUGGAUUCCAAUUACGAGCGCAUUGGUGAUGAAAAAAGUUCUCAUCAUCACACAAAACCGAAAAGCAGCGCUGGAUCUGUAGAAGCAACUAAACCUAAUAAGCCUUUAAAUUCUAACGACAUUAAGCGUGGUGAUGAAAGUCAAACUCCUGACCAAACCGCAAAAGACAAAAACAAAGCUGUUUCUGCAGAAGCGUCUGAUUCUAAGAAACCUUUGGAUUCCAACUUCGAACGCGUUCAUCAUAGUCAAAGUCCUGACCAAGACUCUAAAGACAAAAGCAAAGCUGUUUCUGCAGAAACGACCGAUCCUAAGAGUCCUUUAGAUUCCAUCGUCAAGCGUGAUGGUGAUGGUCAAAGUUCUGAUGAAGAACCAAAAGAGGAAGGCAAAACCGAGUCUGCAGAAGCGACAGAUCAUAACGUUUCUAAUGUUAGUGCUGAGUUAGCUUCUAUGAAUUCUUUUGUGUUGUUGGAUAUGCCAAGUGUAGAUCAUGACAGCUCAAUAAGACCUGAAAGGACGUCAGGAAGCAGCGACGAGUCAAGUGAGAGCAUCGAACUUCUUAAUCAUCCAGAAAGAGAUAGAUUUUCUGAUACUUCGUCUUCAAACCCUGUCAUUGAGCAAGGAAGUGACCUCGCCCAGACAUCUGGUGGUGACCUCGAUAACUCCAGUAUCGGGAGCAAUACACUCUACGAGGUAAAUCCCGUAUCAGACUCACAUACAAAAGCAACGGGAAAAAUUGCUGCAGAUACAAUGAAAAAAGCAGAAAUCUCAG